AUGCUCAGGAGCGCUAGCGGAGUCGUGGGCCUCGCGGUGGCCGUCGCGCUGCGCGUGGCCGUCUCGUGGGGAAGCGAGUGGGGCGAGACGCUCGUCGCACGGUCCGAGCUCGCGACGGCGAUGGACCGCAUCGAGCUGCUGCGCGAAGCGUCGUUUUUGCUCAACACACUCCAGGUGGACCCGAAAGCGGUGUGGGCCUCGCUGUCCGUGCACCACUCGCCGCUGCUCUUGGUGCUCGAUAGGCUGAUCAGCGACCCGGUGCGGUCGGCAUGUACGUGGAUCGCGAUGGACGUCACGACCGGCCUUGUGCUCGCGGCGGUCGCGUCGCGUCUCGCGCAGAACGCGGGGGGGCGCGUCAAGUACCUGUCGCCCGCAGCCGUUGCGGCUUGCUACUGGAUGAAUCCGUACGCGAUUGCGUGCUGCGCCGCCAAGUCGAUGGCGACGCUGCGUGUCUUGCUCGUAGCACUCUCUGUGCUCUUUGCGGUGCUCGGCGCGUCGCUCCGCCUCGCACUCGUGCAUACACUGAGCACGCUCCUCUUUCUGAACCCGCUCAUGCUUACGCCCGCGCUGGUGCUGCUCGGCGCGGAUUCCUAUGCCGAGCACGGGCGCUGGCGAGCGACGUUUGGCAUGCGCCGCGCCGAUGCGUGGAGCGAGUGGAUGCGCCGCACACUCUUGCGCAUGGCCGUGUUUGCGGCCACCGGCCUCGUCGGCUCGGCGAUCCUCUCGCGCGACGGCAGCUGGACGUUUGUGCGGAGCGUUUACGGCAGCCGCCUCCUUUUCGACGACCUCGCGCCGUCGGCGGGCCUAGCGUGGUACUUUUUCGUGCAAAUGUUUGAGCACUUUCACUCGUUCUUUGUGCUUGUGGUCAACCUGCACAUGUGGGCAUAUAUGGUCCCUGUCACGAUCAAGUACAGGAGCGAUCCUUUGUUUGCGGUCACGAUCCUGUACGGCAUCCAAUGCCUGUUUCAAAACUACACGUCGGUCGGCGAUACGGCGCUCUUUAUGGCGCUCUGGAGCCUGUCGUCGACACGCCUCUCGGACUACCUCCGCUAUCCCAUGGUCACGAGCUUGCUGUUUGCCUACACGACGCUCCUCAUGCCUGCAUUCCACUACCUGUGGCUCUAUGCGGGCUCGGCCAAUGCCAAUUUCUACUACGCCAUCAACCUCGUGCACGCAGUCGGCAUCGGCAGCCUGAUCCUCGACGCAGGCUGGGCUUGGGGGCACGAGCGCUGGGAAAAGGAGCGCACGCCGGUCGCCGGCAAAGAGGGCCAGCGGCGUACCGUAGUCCAGCGCUAG